UGGAGUAUACAAUAAUGAUGUAUUUGAUGAAUCAAAUACAUGGUCUAAUAAUGAACCAUUUCAUUUUAACAUAACAUUGAAAUUAGUUGAUAAUAUUAGUUGAAUAUUUUUUUCUUUUUUUUUAUUUUUAUUUUUGUCAAAGGUUUCAUUCAUGCAUAAUCUAUAUCGAGUAGACCUUGUCGUUGUGAGAAUUCUUAAUUCAUGAGUUGUAGGGAGGGACUUAUGUCACCACAAACAGAGACUAAAGCAAGUGUUGGAUUUAAAGCUGGUGUUAAAGAUUACAAAUUGAAUUAUUAUACUCCUGACUACGAAGUCAAAGAUACUGAUAUCUUGGCAGCAUUCCGAGUAACUCCUCAACCUGGAGUUCCGCCCGAAGAAGCAGGGGCUGCGGUAGCUGCCGAAUCUUCUACUGGUACAUGGACAACUGUGUGGACUGAUGGACUUACCAGUCUUGAUCGUUACAAAGGGCGAUGCUACCACAUCGAGGCCGUUGUUGGGGAGGAAAAUCAAUAUAUUGCUUAUGUAGCUUAUCCUUUAGACCUUUUUGAAGAAGGUUCUGUUACUAACAUGUUUACUUCCAUUGUGGGUAAUGUAUUUGGUUUCAAAGCCUUACGAGCUCUACGUCUGGAGGAUCUGCGAAUUCCCACUUCUUAUUCCAAAACUUUCCAAGGCCCGCCUCACGGCAUUCAGGUUGAAAGAGAUAAGUUGAACAAGUAUGGUCGUCCCCUAUUGGGAUGCACUAUUAAACCAAAAUUGGGAUUAUCUGCAAAAAACUACGGUAGAGCGGUUUAUGAAUGUCUACGUGGUGGACUUGAUUUUACCAAAGAUGAUGAAAACGUAAACUCACAACCAUUUAUGCGUUGGAGAGAUCGUUUCUUAUUUUGCACCGAAGCACUUUUUAAAGCGCAGGCCGAAACAGGUGAAAUCAAAGGACAUUACUUGAAUGCUACUGCGGGUACAUGUGAAGAAAUGAUGAAAAGGGCCAUAUGUGCCAGAGAAUUAGGAGUUCCUAUCGUAAUGCAUGACUACUUAACUGGUGGAUUCACUGCAAAUACUAGCUUGGCUCAUUAUUGCCGUGACAACGGCCUACUUCUUCACAUCCAUCGCGCAAUGCAUGCAGUUAUUGAUAGACAGAAAAAUCAUGGUAUGCAUUUCCGUGUACUAGCUAAAGCAUUACGUAUGUCUGGUGGAGAUCAUAUUCACGCCGGUACAGUAGUAGGUAAACUGGAAGGGGAACGUGAGAUGACUUUAGGUUUCGUUGAUUUAUUACGUGAUGAUUAUAUCGAAAAAGACCGAAGUCGCGGUAUUUUCUUCACUCAAGAUUGGGUCUCUAUGCCAGGUGUUCUGCCCGUGGCUUCAGGGGGUAUUCAUGUUUGGCAUAUGCCUGCUCUGACCGAAAUCUUUGGGGAUGAUUCCGUACUACAGUUUGGCGGAGGAACUUUAGGACACCCUUGGGGAAAUGCACCUGGUGCAGUAGCUAAUAGGGUGGCUUUAGAGGCGUGUGUACAAGCUCGUAAUGAGGGACGUGAUCUUGCUCGUGAAGGUAAUGAAAUUAUCCGUGAAGCUAGCAAAUGGAGCCCUGAACUAGCCGCUGCUUGUGAAGUAUGGAAAGAGAUCAAAUUCGAAUUCGAACCAGUAGAUAAGCUAGAUAAAGAGAAAAAGUAAGUGUGCAUAAUUCAGUAAUUCCUGUUUGUUCUCCUAAUUGAUUGCAAUUAAAGUCGGCCCAAUCUUUUCCUAAAAAAAGAUUG